CUCUCUCUAACAAUAUUAUGAUUUUAUCUGUUGUCAGCGCUGCUUGGCCUCGACGUCUGAGAGAGAGAGGGUGAGGUAACUCUUGUACGCCAAGAUGUGCGCCCAGAAAUUCAGUUUAUCCUUCUCGAAGACAAUAGAGAAGAAGUCCCUGCAGCCGUCUGCCAUCAGGAACGACGCCCCCGCCGAGAUCAAGGAGAGAACCGAGACUCUCGAGUCCAUCGAGGAAAAUGUCUUGAAAACAGAUGGCAAGACAGAGGAGACAGAAUUGGUCAUUCCACUGAUGCAAGUCAAUCGAGCAGCUGUUUACCAAAAGUUGGUAGAAAAGCUCAAAGCAUCCAAGAGCAAUGAGGAAAACAAUGAAGAGGUAAUGAACACAGCAACUGAGGAAGAUAAAACCAAGAAAGAGCCCAGAGUCUUAACUUUGGAUGAACAAGCUGAAGCUGCAUUGUUGGAAGAAAGCAAGAGAAGGCUUGACACUUGGAAUGAGCGAGGUGCAAAUGAUAAUUUGACCAUCUUGUCUCAAGUAGAAGAGAAACUUGAUACAUCACCAAAUGACCUUGGUAAAGAAUCUUCACUUGAUGAUUAUGAUCAGGUUGACGUAUCUGUUUAUGGAGCAGCAAUUCUCAGGGGUAUGGGCUGGAAGAAGUCCGAGGGUGUUGGUCGAGGGAACAAAAAGGUUGUAGAAAUCAUAAAUCCAUCAUCAAAAUCUUUUGGACUGGCUGGCAAAAAACCUGAAAUUCCAAUUGUUGAGGGAAAAGGAGUUACACAGGAAGAAGAGCUGACCCUUAUGAAAGGAUCGUAUGUUUUCAUUCACAGUGGUCGGCAUCGUGGAACAUAUGGCGUGGUUGAGACACUGGAUGAAGAUCACCUACUGGUAAAGGCAGCUGUGAGUCAAACUGUAAUACGAGAAGUGGAGCUCAAUGUGAGAGUUGUCUCACAAAAUGAAUUUAAAGACUCCUCACGUGUCAUUAACAAAGACAUGUAUGACAAGUUCAAGGAAGAGGAAGCUAAAACGAAGGAAAAGCUGAAGAAAAUGGUGAAAGAUUCUGAACCAAAGCCAGACAACACAACCGCACUACAGAGAGGGUUAAAGUUAGAGAAAAUGGCUAAAGAGGAAAUAACUCCCACUAAUAAAGACAAGGUGGUAAAGAAACCCAGUCAUCCAUCCAAAGAAGUUGAAUUGAAGAUGGAGCUCAAAAGAGAAACACAAGAUACAGAAAAGACAAGUAAACACAGAAAUGAGAGAAAAUACAGAGAAUAUGAAGGGAAAAAAUCUAAGAAUGAUCCUAAACGAUGUGAUGAGAAAUCAGAAGUGAAGCUUGGUUUAGACAGCUAUGGUGAGAAAUAUCAGUCAGAGUACACUAAAAAAUCUGUAGAUAAGAAUGAUGUGCUCAAGAAUCAUUCACAAAAACACAGUAACCAUUCCCAGAGUUCAUAUUACAAUAGCAAGUCGAAAGUCGGCAAAAGAGAAUAUGAAGAUGAAUAUGAUAGCUAUAGUCAAGGAUGUGUGAAAGUUCAAAAGUCACAAAGUAAGAUGCCAGCUAUUCCUUGGGUUCAAGAAAACCUUAGAGUUCGCUUGAUAAGUAAAAGUUAUAAAGGAGGAAGAUACCACAAAGAAAAGGUUAUUGUGCAAAAUGUGGAAACUGCUGAAAGCUGUGAAUGCAUAACUGAAGAAGGGAAAAUGUUGAGGCAAGUCCACCCUGCUUGGCUGGAAACUGUCAUACCCAAAGUUCAUCCCCAGAUCGUUAUGGUUGUGAAGGGACCGCAGAAAGGACAGAAAGGCCUAAUAUUACAGCUACACAAAGACCAAGAGAAGGCAUCUAUACAGUUACUUGAAGAUGAAACUGUAAUAAUCAAGCUACAUUACGAUGACAUAUGUGAAUAUGUACGACGAUGAUGAACAUUCUCCAGACUUAAAAGACCACCUAUCUUGGAGAUUAUAUUCUCCAGCAUUGUCUAACAUAAUACUUUAUUUCUCUAGUGUCAUGUAAUUAUAUCAUUUUUUUAAA